AAUGCAGCGGAAAGUGUAGGCAGCGGAAUAGUUGUUCCUUAAAAAUGUCCACGAACUUGUUAAAUCUAAAUGUGGACGUAUUGUUCGAGCAGCACAGUGUACCGGAGAUCGAUGUGGUGCACAAAAAAAUACAAACGGUGGUGGAGAACAAGCGGGAGGAGCUGCGGACCAUGGUCGGCGAGCGCUAUCGGGAUCUACUGAAGGCUGCUGACACCAUAGCGGCCAUGCAGACCUCUGCGGGUACGCUUAUCGAGCAGGUUCGCUUCAUCCAUGCCAACUGCCGGAGCCUGAACGAGCAACAGUUGCUCGGUUUCAAAACGACGACGCCGACAGAGGUGUCCGUGCUGGAACGCAAGGCCAACAAACAGCUGACCAACUACUAUAGCACGAUGGUGCAGAUAAAGUUGCUGACGUCGCUGCCAGAGCUAAUCUGGACCCAUAUAGACCAUGAGCAGUUCUAUGCCGCCACCGAGCUAUUUAUCUUCAGCCGACACAUCAGCACUGGUCUGCAGCUGGAUGCGAAGAAUGCGUUGAUGCAACAGCUGCCGGUGGCGCGCAAGCAGUGGGAGAUUCUACGUCCGUUUCAUGCGACCAUCAAGCAGGCGGUGCUGUUGGUGCUGGAACGGGAGGAGCUCAGCGCUGAAAUGGCCGUGGACUGCAUGCAGAGCCUGCUCCUCCUAGAUAAAUGCGAUUUGGGCCAAGUGCUGCAAAUGUUUCUACAGCUGCGCGCAGCUGCGUUCCUAAACUGCCUGCAGCAGCAGAAAAGUCCAGUUGUCGAGGGAGAUAGAAAGCGACGCGUUAAGGAACGAAUUUUGGCCAGUCUGCACAUAUUAAGUGGCACUAUGGAGUUGUUGGACAAAUGCCUGUUAGCCGAUGGCUUGCUUUUUCGACGUAUUGCGGAUUGCUUGGAGCCCACAGCACCGCCGAGCAUUCAACGGAUGGACAGCAGCGAGCGGCAGUUGGCGCAUCUGCUGCCCGACAUCAUAGCCAGCUACAGACCCAAAUUUGAAACGCCACAACUGCCGGAAACUAAGCUGCGCGACGCAUUAGAAAAGUGGCUGAAGCAGAUCGAUGAGAUGGCGGCCACGCAACUGCAACAGCUAUUCGCUUUGGUCAGCAACAUGCAGACCAUACAGGACAUUAAGACAGCGGCGCAGGACAAGCACAAACACAAUUGUGCCCAUCUGGAACAGCAGCUGAAAUUGCCAUACUCACUGGAUUUCUAUGCGCGGAAGUAUGUGCCGCUCAUAAAUGCGCGCGUGCGGGAAAUUAUAUGCAGCAGUUGGACGACGGCCCGGCAGCAGGCGUACGAGCGUGUGUGCCAAUUGGUAGCGGAGGCAUCGCCACCACAACCCCUAGAUAUUUGGCGUGAACAGAGCCGCGAUUUGCCGCUCAGUCUGGCGGCCGCUCUCAAUGAUCAGCAGACCAGCAAACAUUUGGCGAACCGCACUAAAGGCUAUGACGCACCAAUCAUCAAACUUUGCGCCAAUUUCGAUGCCCAACUAGCAGCCAUUGUGCAGGAACUGAAUCUGCUGCUGGACGAGCAGACGUCGCGUGCCGAGGAUAAGUUGGCACUUAUAGGAUUUUUGAGGGAGACGGCACAGCAGCAGCUGACAGAGCUCAUUGGCCAGCUUAAGGCGCUGGAGCUGAGCAAUAGCCAAGCAUUGCUGUGUGCGUUGCGCAGCAGUCUGGCGCUUGUCGAGCUUUGUCCGCAUCUGAAGCUCUGCUUCUGUCAACAGAGCAGUUGGCGCCAAUGGACAGGCAAUCUGACAUCCGCUGGCAUUGAGCAUUGGCAGCGCAUGUGCGCUCUCCUGGAGGAGGAAACAAUGCAGCUCUGGUUGCGUGUCAUCGAUAGAGUGCUGGCGACACACAGCUGCGCCGACAAGUUGCCACAAAACAUUACACACGAUGUGGUGCUAAGAGAUUUCCCACUCUGGCAAACGCAUACGUUGGAUCAGCGCGACGAGGAGGAACAGGAGUCGGUGGUGCAGUCGACCGUACGCAUUCCCAGCCAGCCACGUUUCUCGCUCCAGAACUACCUUUUCCAAUUGAUACAUGAGCUAACUGCCGCUGUGCCCCAAACGUUGCCACCAAAAGUGCAACACGCCUUUAAUCAGAAGCUCCUGAAAGAUCUACUGACGCAUUAUCAAGCGCUUGCGGACUCAGAGGGCACGAAGGCUAGUCAGAAUAUUGCACUGCAGUUGUACUUUGACUUGAAAUUCUUGCAGCGAGUGUUUGCUGUAACGCGAGAGAGCCGCACACUCUACGAAGAAUUCCAGAGUUUGCAACGCAAGCUGCGCGAUUACAUCGAUCCCUUCGAUUUUGAACUCUUCGCUGAGCACAUUACGACGCAUGUGUCGCGUUCUACGGCUCGUUUGCAUGGAGAGUUGGGUGUUCUGACCCCUGCACCACCCCAGGGUAGCCAAACUGCCGCUAGUACCACGGCCUUGGCGCACGAGUCAGAUCCCAAUGUGUUGUGUCUCAGCUCCUCCGGUUCUACGUCCCUGUGGUUCCCUCUGCUGCCCAUUGUCAUGCCCCAGGGAGGUUCGGACGCAACAAACUCAGAACGUAAGUUGCUGACAAUGGAGUCCGAAAAGGAUUGCUUUGAAUUGUAGUCCAUAAAAUUAUACUCAUGGGCAUCCACAACACCCACACGUAAAGCCGCAGCACGCAAAGCGGAUGCAAAUAAGUCGAAAUCGGGCGCUACCUCCUUCUUUGGAAUGUCCCAGGAAUGGUUUCGCUAGAGCCGCCAUCAGCCAUCAGCCAACCACCAUUCACCAUUCGCCAUCCGCCAAAUGAAUCCGAAUGAGCCCGCGAGUCAAUGAAGUAAAUGAAGUGGCGCCCAGUCAAGCGGAAGUCAGCGGCAAAGGAGCGUCAAAGGAGCGGGCGCGUCGACGUGUGUGUAGUCAGCUGUAUAAUUGUGGCGGCGGCGGUGGCGCUGACGAUGACGCUGUGGUGUGGUGUGGUGUGGGAGGUUCUUGGACGCCACCGCCUCUGUUGAAUGUUUCAUUAUUUAAACAUGCAUUCAAAAUGUUAACAUUAAAUUAUUAAACUGAAGUGUAAGUGCAAUUCGCACUUAAAUUGCAAUUGAUUUUAAUUGACCUGCAAAUAUGUAAAAUAUGAAAAUUGUUUUGAUUACAAAA